UGUCUUUGUCCUUUGUCAACAAUAGUCAACAUACCAUUGCAACAUACAGUAGAUAUCUGCCUUAUGUGCUAAAAUCAGCUAAAAUUAACUAUUGCCUUAUAUUUUUACGGGUUUCGAUGGUUUCGAAAUAUUCUAUAUGCACAUGGUUAUUUUAUGUCGCAUAUUAAUAUAUUACAAAGGAACUGAAAUCUGAAUUAUGGACCAUCGAUCCCCUUUGGAAUCAUUUUUUGGUGUGAUAGGCAGUUUGCCUCAGGGACAUGAUAAACCAGUAAAACAAGCUGUAUACAACGCUGUGGCCCUAUUUCUUCUAUUUCUAUGUGCUGCAGCAGCCUUGGGACUUUACAUGAUACUGGAACCUUUUGUUAAGCCUUUAAUGUGGGCUUUACUGGUUGGUUCAGCUUUACACCCUCUAAAAAGAUCUCUUCGAGAUAGAUUUCAAAACUGGUUUCAAAUGCUUGAAACUACUAAUACUCCCGCAAUAUUGGGGUUUGCUUUAUUACCAGUUAAUAUUUUCAAUGAUGUGUCAGAGGGUAUUGGACAGUUUUUAUGGGAUAGAUUAAAAUUAAUUGUAACAUUUGCGAUAUUAAUUCCUUCAGCUAUAUUUUUAUAUCAUUUUACACCUAGCGUUAUGAUUUCAGCCUUAUGGAAAGUAAUUCUCUGGAAUUAUAAUACUUUAAAUUUUGUUAUAUCCAAUUCUUCAGGAACAUUAAUAGUGUUUAUUAUUCUGGGAUAUAUUUCCAUGGUGUUUUUAUUUUGGAAUCAGGAAAAUAAUGUGAAGUUCCAUUAUGCUUCAACAGCUAUAUGGCUGUUAGCUUCAUGCACUUUUGCUAGUUUUUUUCACACUUUCCAAAUGCCUAUCUUUAUAUUGCUCCAAAUAAUAUUCUUUGGUGGUUUCAUAUCAGAAGUUUAUCAAGUAUAUUGCACAGUGAAUGAAGCAGGUCAUAAAAUAUCUUUUACUGAGCUGCUGUCUUAUGCUUUUCAUGACAGGCCUAUAGAUCUUGAUAUUAGUGAUGAAAAUGGGAUAAAUGAAAUAGAACAAAGAACAGACCAGGAGGCAAAAGACAGUGAGAUAGUUAAUUCUCCAACAAAAGGUAUUAACUCACAACUUCAGUCUGAUGCAGAAUUGGGCAAUGGUGAUCAAAAGCCAAUUUCCAAUGGCGAAGAUGAAAAUGAAGAUCCCUGGUCCUUAGAACUGUUUAACGAUAAUGCUGCUGCAAAAAGUCAAUCAAGUGAACCAGCCACUGGUCUAUUAAUUACAAAUCAUGGCAUUCAUUUGGUUCAAACAACAGAUUCUUUGCAUAAAUCUGCUUUGAAAAAUUCUAGACCCAAGUUUCAAAGAUCUCUUUCACAGCCACAAUUCUUUGCUAAUCGCUUUAGAAAGUCAAAUAUAUUAAAUAUUAGUCGAAAAAUUAGUUUGAACAACUCUAAUCACAAUAUUAAAGAUAUAAAUUAUGAGAGUACAUUUUACUUAUAUACAGUAAUGUGGUGCUGUGUAAUCAUGCUACUUUGGAAGAAUAUUAUGUUGCUUCCUUUACUUCCUUUACCUAUUUUAUACUAUGUAGUAAAACAUAUUGGAAUCUAUUUGGGGCUGUGGAGUUAUUUACUUCAAAAAUUGGUAUUGGUUUUUAACAAGAUUAUUGACUGGUGUGUGGAAAGGCAUGAUGCCUUAGUUCCAGUUCCAAUCAGAGGAUUGUACAAAAUUGUGCAUAAAGUUAAUGCUACAGUAAAAGAUAGUAUAAAAGGAAGUAUCGACACUGUGGCAAGCUGUGUUGUUAUUAUUGGCUUAAUAAUAUUUUUGAUAUGUGCUUCAAUUUUUACAGCAUUGCAAAUUUAUGCAGAAGGCAUAAUGUUAGUACAGAUGGUAGGUAAUGUUAUAAACCAAACAGUGGUGCAAAAUCCUGAAUUGAGGCAAUUGUUACCACCGACAUGGGAUGAGACAAUGGAUUCAAUUCUAGAUAAUGCCUAUCAAUAUGGAAGAGAGGGAAUUUCUAAAGCAGUAAGAACUUGAUCUAAUAUAUAAAAUUCUCGUGGCACAGUUUGAGUUACCGUACUCGUCCGCAACGGCUUGACCGAUUUUGAUGAAAUUUUAUAUGUAUAUUCAGUAGAUCUGAGAAUUAGGGUUGCCACCUUUUUGUAAAGUAAAAAAAGG